UGUUUUAUAUGCUUCCACUUCAUUUUAAUCCAAUUCUUCAGAAUCCAUAGUCCCUAUAUUUCUAUUUGCUUCCACUGUAAAACACCUCCUUUCUAGUAGGUUUUUGUUAAUUUAAUUGAGGGUGUUCAAGUUUUCCCAGUUCUUUAAGAACCUUACUAUUUGUUGCUCAAUUUUAUUUUUCUGGAACCCUAUUUUGGUAAAACCACCCAAUUACAGAUUCUCUACCUCGAAUGUAACAAUUUCUUGUUAUCCAAGAUCACAAAUUAUUUAGAAACCCUAGAAUAUGCAUUGCGAAUUUUUUGUUAAAAGAACCCUAAUUUUGGACUGAAAAGAGGAAAUGGCGACUAGGGGGAGCAGAUCGGAGAAGGUGAAAAGAAUCUUCCAGAAUUUUGAUACAAAUGGCGAUGGGGGUCUUAACCGCGUGGAAAUGGCAGCUCUGGUGGUUGCUGUAAACCCUAGGGUCAAAUUCAGCGAUGAGCAGAUCAGUGCCAUUCUCGACGAGGUUUUCCGAACUUACGGAGAGUUCAUCGAUGGCGAGAAGGGCCUUACAUAUGAUGGCCUAUUGCGUACCUACGAUGAUGGAGCUGGUGAUGUUGAUCGCGACUUUGAAGCCCUCGGGCUUGAUCUCAUCAAGCCAGAUAACGACAAUGGGGUGUCUAUGGCUACGGAAGAGGCCUCCACCUCGUCCAUUGUCGAUGAGAGAGCGAUGGAACCGCAUAAGAAACUACGGACAGCUGCGUGGGCAGCUUCUCCGAAUCAUGGCAUUGUGUUUGAUGAUACUUGGAAACUUGUUGAUGACAUUGAAAUACUGAUCAAGAGGCUUAAAUCCAAACAAUCAAAAGAAGAGAAGCUGAAAAAUGAUAAUUCUGAUGUGUACUCGGAUGCCGGUUGGUCACGCGAAUUGGGACCACCUUCCACGGAGCUAUCAGAUAAAAGGGUGUUGUGGGAGGAGAUGGGGCAUGACUAUGCAGUGUUUGUGAAGGAAUUGGGAGUUUUGAGGUCAAGGGCAGAUGGGUCGAGGUCUAGGGAGGAAGCUUUUGAUGGUCAUAUGGCAAUUGGUAGAGUUUUGUACGAUCACCAGUUCUUUAAGGAAGCAUUGGUAAGCUUUAAGAGAGCUUGUGAAUUGCAGCCUGCUGAUGUAAGGCCUCAUUUCAGGGUUGGUAAUAGUUUAUAUGUGCUCGGGAGAUAUCCUGAGGCCAAAGAGGAGUUCUUGCUGGCGCUGGAAGCUGCGGAAACUGGUGGGAAUCAGUGGGCUUAUCUACUUCCACAGAUUCAUGUGAACUUGGGAAUUGCUCUUGAAGGCGAAGGUAUGGUUAUUAGUGCUUGUGAGCAUUACAGAGAGGCUGCCAUUUUGUGCCCAACUCAUUUCAGGGCUAUGAAACUUCUGGGUAGUGCUCUUUUUGGUGUGGGUGACUAUAAGGCGGCCGUUAAGGCAUUAGAAGAGGCCAUUUACAUUAAGAGUGAUUAUGCUGAUGCACAUUGUGAUCUUGCAUCUGCAUUACAUGCAAUGGGUGAUGAUGAUAAUGCUAUUAAGGAGUUUCAGAGAGCGGUUGAUUUGAAACCUGGUCAUGUUGAUGCUUUGUACAACUUGGGUGGACUUUAUAUGGAUAUGGGUAGAUAUCAGCGAGCCUCAGAGAUGUACGCUAGGGUACUAAGUGUUUGGCCGAACCACUGGAGAGCACAGCUCAAUAAGGCUGUGGCUUUAUUGGGGGCUGGUGAAAAUGAGGAAGCUAAGAAAGCUUUGAAAGAAGCUCUAAAGAUGACAAACAGGGUGGAAUUGCAUGAUGCAACAGUGCAUUUGAAACAGCUUCAGAAAAAGAGGUUGACGGGGAAUGGGGGUGGCAAUGGGGAGGAAGCCUUCAUCACUGUGGAACCCACAAAGUUUAAGAGACUGUGUGAGAAGACGACAUUAAGAUCAGAUUUGGCCACUGCACUAGAUAUUCGAGGUUUUCAGAGGAUUACUCGAUUUAACCAUUGUGAUGUUGAUCAAAUAAAGAAGGAAAUUAGUGAAAAUGAUGUACCACUUUCUUAUUCUGGAGGUGGUGUGCCUGAAAGGUCUAUACGUAAGGCUUCACUGGAGGAGAUUCUGUGCAGAUUGCUUAGUUUCUUGAAGCCAGAAACUUUCGUAGGAGCUGUUAAAGCCAUUAACCAGAAAAUCCUCUCUGUUUUAGACGAGUCAGAAUCGAGUAGGGUGGAUGUUGGAAUGUUUUUUGCUGUUAUUGCCCCUAUCUGUGGAGGACCACCAGACAAACGGAAACGCUUUGCAUAUGAGGCUCUUUUGUGGCGACCCGUGAAUGAGGGCAGCAACCAGAUAAGGAAAACCGAUGCUCAGAGGUAUAUCAAGCUUUUAAGAGCUAUUUAUAUUCCUUCACAUGGAGCGAGUGAAAUGCUAGAAAUUCAUGGGGAUAUGGACACAUCAUUGGUGUCUUUAGCAGAAUUCUUUGCGAUGUUCGAUGAUCCUGAUUGGGGUUUUGGCAUUAUGUCUACUUUGUUUAAGCUUGAAAUCGGGGAUAGGAACCGUCAUGGUAACCAUGUUUGUGCAACUUGCCGCUAUCCUAUCAUUGGGCCUCGCUUUAAAGAGAUGAAAUCGCAUUUUAGCUUGUGUGGUCAAUGUUACAGUGAAGGAAAAGUACCUCCAACCUAUAAGCAGGAAGCGUACAAAUUUAAAGAGUACGCAAAUGAAGCUGAGGCAUUGAAAGAUAAGUGCUUGUGGUUUGGUUUGCAUUCUAAAGGUUCCUCACCUACUGCUGCUUAGCUAUUAGAAUGUAAUGAUCUGUGUGAAUUAUUUUACUCAAGGAACUUGUGUGUUGGGCUUGUACAUAACCCUUUCUAGUUGUGAUAUCUUUGUAGAGUCUCGUGGUUCUUUGCUGGUGCCUUUAUCAUUUCCUAACUCCAUUUUGAGGUUCAUCAGUUGUAUCAUGCGUAAGAUGUUCAAUUAUAAAGUUAAUGUUACUCCCUUUGACAUCUA